AUGAUCCUGACUUUCCAGUUGGUCUUCCUCACCUGCAUCUGGAUCACACUGACGCCAGAUGUUUUUGCUGCUUCUGAAAUCAAGAAGUCCUACCAGCAUUGCUCCACUUCAAUGAAAAGAGCCGGCAAACAUGAAACCAGAAUGAGGAAAAAUGACAGUACCAAAGCAUGGCUCCUGAAAUACGAGCAACUUCUUCAUAUACAGGACCAUGAUUUUGCAAUGAGACCUGGAUUUGGAGGGUCUCCAGUACCGGUGGGUAUAGAUGUCCAAAUUGAAAGCAUUGACAGCAUUUCAGAGGUAAACAUGGACUUUACAAUGACUUUUUAUCUCAGACAUUACUGGAAAGAUGAGAGGCUCUCCUUUCCUAGCACAACAAACAAAAGCAUGACCUUUGAUCAUAAGUUGAUCAAAAAGAUUUGGGUGCCUGACAUAUUUUUUGUCCAUUCUAAAAGAUCCUUCAUCCAUGACACAACUGUGGAGAACAUCAUGCUGCGUGUAGACCCUGAUGGAAAUGUGCUUUUCAGUCUCAGGAUAACUGUUUCGGCCAUGUGCUUUAUGGACUUCAGCAGGUUUCCUCUUGACACUCAAAACUGUUCCCUUGAACUGGAAAGCUAUGCCUACACCGAAGAGGAUCUGAUGCUGUACUGGAAACACGGGAACAAGUCCUUAAAUACUGACGAACACAUCACCCUGUCUCAGUUCUUCGUUGAGGAGUUCAGUGCAUCCAGCGGAUUCGCUUUCUACAGCAGCACAGGUUGGUACAAUAGGCUUUUCAUCAAUUUUGUGCUAAGGAGGCAUAUCUUCUUCUUCAUGUUACAAACCUAUUUCCCAGCUAUGUUGAUGGUAAUGCUUUCAUGGGGUUCAUUUUGGAUUGACCGAAGAGCUGUUCCAGCAAGAGUUUCCCUGGGAAUCACCACGGUGCUGACCAUGUCCACCAUCAUCUCUGGCAUGAGUGCCUCCAUGCCCCAGGUGUCCUACAUCAAGGCAGUGGACGUGUACCUGUGGGUCAGCUCCCUCUUUGUGUUCCUGUCAGUCAUUGAGUAUGCGGCUGUAAACUACCUCACCACCGUGGAAGAGCAGAGACAAUUCAAGACAGGGAAGCUUUCUGGAAUGUAUAAUAUUGAUACAGUUCAAGCCAUGGCGUUUGAUGGUUGUUACCGUGAUAGCAAGACUGAAAUGGACCCGACUUCCUUUUUUCUACCUUUGGAAGAGGACUCUAUGCGGGGGAGAUCCACAGGGAGCCGCAGCACAGAUUCAUCCCAGAUAAAGAGAAGACAGUCCUCCGGAGGGCAUGUUGGUAGAAUCAUUCUGGAGAAUAAUCAUGUCAUUGAUACCUACUCAAGGAUUUUAUUUCCCAUUGUGUAUAUUAUAUUUAAUUUAUUUUACUGGGGUGUAUAUGUGUGA